AUGCUGGGAAUCCUCCUGGGCCAGAGCCCCCGGGAGACAGAGGAGAAGAAGGAGAGGAAGUUCAGCUUCAGGAAGAGGAAGGAGAAGCUGGAGAAGAGGUCCAGUACCAAGGAGGUUCUAGCAGCCACGUGCAUCCAGGUGACUGAGGUCAAGCCAGAGACGCUCAACCCAGUCUGGAAUGAGCACUUUGUUUUUGACAUUGAUGAUGUCCACGGUGAUCUACUGCAUAUGGACAUAUGGGACCAUGACGAUGACGUCUCUGUCGCAGAGGCCUGCAAAAAACUGAAUGAAGUCAGUGGACUUAGAGGAAUGGGCAGGUAUUUUAAGCAGAUUGCCAAAUCGGUGCGGUCCAAUGGGACGUCGUCAUCAGGAUCAUCUGAGGACAAUGCUGAUGACUUCCUGGGCUGCAUCAACAUUCCACUGAAUGAGAUUCCUGUGAUGGGAUAUGACAAGUGGUUUAAGCUGGAGCCCCGGUCCAGUGCCUCCAAGGUCCAGGGAGAAUGUCACCUGAUUCUGAGGCUCUUCACUACCCAGAGAGACACUACACUGAGUAAGAGGGAAUCCAAAGAAGUCAUUCAUAAGAAGAUGCUGAGUCAGAUUCUGGAGUACGAGCAUGCUCAUAUUCAGAAAGAGCCUUAUAACUGGAAUGGGCAGGUGAGUCCUCCAGCAUGGACUGUGCUGUCCCAUCAUGCUGUGCAAACUGACCUCUCGCCCCUGCAACAGGCCAUCAUUCGCUGGCAGUGCUACAGCAGCCACCACCGGUCCCAGAGGAUGUGCUACACUCUGCUGCUGAGGCUCCUGAGGACCAUCGAUGCAGAGUGGGAUCCCCAAGCUGUGCAGGGAGACCUGGAGCGGCAGCUGUCGGACAGCUUCAGGCUGUACACGGACCACUGUCUGUGUCUGAUGAAGAGCAUGCGCCAGGUGUUCCCCUGCGCCAGUCCAGCCGCCGUCACACGCUGCGAGCUCAUGCUGAGGGGUGUAGGACACAUGCAGACCAUGCCGGCCUUCAAGACUGCGUGCCCCCUUCGAAAUGAACUGCAUUUGGAAAUUGCCACCGUUGUCAAGGCUCUGGAGGAGCAGCUGAGGAGACUGGUCCAGGUGGUAGAUGCAGUGUGUGCAGAUGUACAGAGGGGACAGAAUGUCUACAACAAGCUCUUCUACAGUGCGGUGAAAGUGGAUUUCUUCAGCAUCGCUUAUAGACAGUUGGAGAAACUGGUCGCGGACGACGUGAGCGUUGCCAUGGAGAAGGUGUGUGGCACUCUGGAGCAGGAGAGCUCCAGGCUAACUCAGACCAUGGGAGAGACUCUGUUAGAGCUCUACAUGUCUCUGAAAAUACUCAAACGCUUCAGAGAGUUCCUCCCUCUCAGGUGA